AUGACCAUUCUAUUCAUCUCGUCCAUUAUACCAAUAAGUUCAACACUUUUGCCAACAACAAUUCGUCCUAUAUAUCCAUGUCAUUAUAAAGAUCUCAAUCAGCGCAUAUAUAAAUGUGACAUGUGUACAUGUCUCUCAUCACCUCCAAUGUUUUCAUCAUCCAAUCUUUGUUCGUCGUUAUUCUCGACGCCGUUGCUGGCAAAUAUUUGUUCAGAUAAUGCGACAAAACGUCUCACUGAAGACAUUCUUCGCGUCAGACUCGACGAAAUCGAAUCGGAAAAUGUUCAUCAGUUUCGAACAUCAUUCUCUCAUUUAACGAAGAAAACUUUCGACGAACAUGAAUACGAAUUUGAUCAUUUCAAUAAUGAUCUCAUGCAAAAUCUCGUCAAUUUCGAGCAAUUUUGUUCUUCAUUGAAUCAAUCUCGUGUAACAUUCUACCGUUUACAAUCGAACACGUCGCUUCAUCAAUGUCAAUUAAGUCUUCUCUCUUUACGUUUUCUCGAUACAAUUAUCGAAACGAAUCAGUUCAUUCUCCAAGUCAAACCGGAAACAUUGAUUUUUUAUAAUACAACAUUCAAUAUUAAUUCACUGAAUUUAACAAGUACAACAACAUUUCUAGCGUUUUAUUUUGUGAAAUUUUCUUCAAAACAAUUUCUAUUGAAUUCACUUUCUUCGCUCAUACAUUUGACCAUCACCCACACAACACAUUUCGAUUUGAUUGGUUCAUAUCCAAAUUUAGUUUAUCUUGAUCUCUGUCAUACACAAUUAGAUGAUCUGCAAUUGAAUAGAUUAUUCUCUCAAAUUGAAAUACCUGAUUUAGUCACGUUGAUUCUCUCGAACAACCAAAUCAGCAUCCUAAAAACGAAAUUUCCAUCAACGCUACGCUAUUUGGACUUAUCAAACAAUCUGAUCAAAGCAUUGGAUUACACAUCAUUCAAAUCGUUGUAUUCAUUAAAUACAUUAAAUUUAAGUUAUAAUUCACCAUUAGAUAUUCAACAGGACACAUUCACACGUAUACCGUAUUUAGAAAUACUUGAUUUAACAGCUUCAUACCCUUCAUUACCAUUCGAUGAUUUAUUUCUCCCAUUACAAAAACUUCGUUAUUUAAAUAUUUCAUCAAACAAUUUGAAUUUAUUACCUCGUCUUCCCGUCCCAUAUGAUGCGCAUACAAUAGCUAGUUAUGAUCAUCAUUUACCUGUGUUAUACGUGGAUAUGUCGCUGAAUAAUAUCAAUCAAAUCGACUUCGAUAUCUUUUCAUCAGCGUCAACGCAAGAUAAAUAUAUCAUUUCACUUGAUUUAUCUUCCAAUCAACUCAAGACUCUACAAUUACCAUUAACAGGAAUUAAACGACGUGGCCCAUUGAUUGAAUUGAAUAUCAACAACAAUCCAUUGGAAUGCGAUUGUGUUCUACAUGAGAAUAUCUCUCCUCUAUUACAAAGCGAUGUUCCAACAUCUCAACCAACAACGUUUCAAUUACCUCCAGCAUUUCAACCGACUUCACAACAAUUUUCACCUGCACUUUAUCCUUCGCAAUACAUACCGCCAGAUAUCUUCUCUCAAACACGAAAUCCCACGAAUUACCUACACAAACGUCGUCGUCGUCGUCAACAAUUGUUUCUCGAAAAUGCUCCACCAACUGCUUCAAUACUUUCACAAAACCUUGUUAAACAAGCUCGUAUAAAACUUUUACAUUUAUCUAAUUUAACGUGUCAAGAUAUGAUUGAAUCGACAAUUCAUCGCUCAUUAUUCGAUCUGAAUUCUUCAAAUAGUUUUUGUUCCUAUGUAAAAUCCUGUCCAUCGACUUGCUCCUGCUGUUCAUCAUUGAUGUCACCAUUCGAAAUGAAUAACUGUGAAUGUUAUUAUCAAUGUCCCAUGGAAUGUACAUGUAAACAUUCAUUCGAUUCAACGAAGAACUAUGUAAAUUGCUCUAAUCGAUAUUUAAGUAAAAUUCCAUCGAGUAUUCCACUAUCGACAACACAUUUGAAUUUGAAUCACAAUCAAAUCAAGUCUUUGGAAAAGAAUUUAACACACUUGACUAAACUACAAUAUUUACUUUUAUCAAACAAUCAUCUUGAACAGUUAUCCAGUGAAGAAUUUUCCACUUUAAACAAGAUGGAACAUCUGGAUCUAUCUUCAAAUCAGUUAAAAACCAUUCAUUCGCGAACAUUCUCAACCUUAUUCAAUCUUCGUUAUCUUUUCCUUCAUAAUAAUCCAUGGAUACCGAAGUUUUACGAUAAUAACGGCGAAUUUCAAUCAAAUAUACGUUUGAAAUCAUUAACCUACGGCAAAGGUUUCGCUUGUAAUCGAUCAAUUUUAGCAUCGAGUUUUAACAUUGAAACGCCAUUGACAGCCAACGAUUGUUGUCAACAUUCGAACAGUGAAUCUUGUCAAAAAAGCUUGAAUAUCAAUAAUCAGCAUUUACAAUCUGAAGAAGAACAAUCAUUGUAUGAUUACACUCCAAAUUCGAGACGAAUUUUACAAUUAGUAUUCCAUGAGAAGUAUCGUAUUUAUAUUUUAAUUGGUAUUAGUAUAUUUAUAUUGAUUAUUGUUUGUGUCGUUAUACUAUGUGUUCUACUUUGUCUUUGUCAACGGAAAAAACGUUCGAAACAUCCGUCGCCUGCCGAAAGAAAACUUCUAUCGAAUGGUGAUUUGAAGAAAACAUCUAAUCAUUACCAGAAAACAUUACAGUCAUCUACAUCAACAACACCACCACAAAUAUCGUCAUCGUCAUCAACAACAGCAAUACAAAAAUUACUUCAUUCAACUAGACAAAAAAGCUUAAGUUCAAUCACAGCAUAUAAACAACAAGAAAACGAUGUGUCUAUAUCCUAUUCGGAUAAUGAUGAAGAAGAUGAUUAUGCCUCUAUACCUUUAACAGUUUCUCAAACAGAAUUGUCAUCUGUUAUUCGUCCACAACCGGCGGUACCACCACUUCCUCCACCUCGUCAAACACAACAACAGCAACAACAACAACAACAACAACAACGUUUGUUAUCCAAUCGGCCUAUCUCUCAUUCGUCAACGGUCUCCACAUCCACUACAAUUCGAUCGAUUGUCCCCAUGUUAAAACGAACGAACUCUUCCGGAUCCAAACAAGCUGCACCCACCUUACAACCUACGCGUUCCUGUUUGCAAAUCAAACUCGACGCUCUCGUCUUAUACUCAAUCAAUGAUAGCGAAUUAGUUCAUGGAAAUAUAGGCGAAAUUCUCGAAGAUAUAUAUGGCAAACGCUUUAGCUUCUAUUUUAUACAUCGCGAUCGCAUGCUAGGUGAAUUAGAUUGGCUAAUUGAAAAUUCUUGUGUAACAAUUAUCAUUUUACGUAAACCGUAUCAUAUCAUACAUGAUUACAUGAAAAUUCUCUCGACAUGUUCGUCAAUAAAGAUCUUUCUUAUCCUUGUGAAUGAUGAUCCGUACAAUCAUCAAUCAUCAUCAUCAAUGAAAGCACGUGAAAAGAUUGCCAAAUUAUACCACACAUCCAAUAUCUAUGAAUGGAAUUCUAACCCGUCGGCACUUAUUCAUGAACAAUUAGAACUCUUUCUUGAACAAAAUUGUGGUUCAGCAACAUAUGUACCAUACUAA